UGAUGAACUGUGCAGAUGCUCUUCGCCCCAGCCAUGGCUGCAAUCCGAAAGAAGCUGGUGAUUGUGGGCGAUGGGGCCUGUGGGAAGACCUGCCUCCUCAUUGUCUUCAGCAAGGAUCAGUUCCCAGAGGUCUACGUCCCUACUGUCUUUGAGAACUACAUCGCAGACAUAGAGGUGGAUGGCAAGCAGGUGGAGCUAGCUCUGUGGGACACGGCAGGACAGGAAGACUACGAUCGCCUGCGGCCUCUCUCCUACCCGGACACUGACGUCAUCCUCAUGUGCUUCUCCAUUGACAGCCCCGACAGUCUGGAAAACAUUCCUGAGAAGUGGACCCCUGAGGUGAAGCACUUCUGCCCCAACGUGCCCAUCAUCCUAGUGGGGAAUAAGAAGGACCUGAGGCAAGAUGAACAUACCCGGAGGGAGCUGGCCAAGAUGAAGCAGGAGCCAGUUCGAUCUGAGGAAGGCCGGGACAUGGCGAACCGGAUCAGUGCCUUUGGCUACCUUGAGUGCUCAGCUAAGACCAAGGAGGGGGUGCGGGAGGUGUUUGAGAUGGCCACUCGAGCUGGCCUCCAGGUCCGCAAGAAUAAACGCCGGAGGGGCUGUCCCAUUCUCUGAGACCCCCCAAGGCCUCCCCUACUACCCCGCCUCCCUUCGCAGGGGUGCAGAACCCCCCCCCCCGCAACCUCCGAACUCCCUCUAAUUAGGGAUCCCUGCUGAAGGCCCCCUUUCCCAAUUCCCUCCUGCCCAGGACUGCAUCGUAUCCUCAGCCCUGGUGGUGGUGGCCUGGUGGCCGUAGGCCCUCCCUCUCAGCACUCUGGGACCUUAGGGCUAUGUCCUGCCCUUCCAGAGCACAGUCCCUCCUCAAGUUGCCUUGGUCCAGGGGUGGGGCUCUUGAUCCCUUGGCCUUCCCCAGAGGAUCAUCACACACCAGCACUUUAUACACUUCUGGCUCACAGGAGAGUAUGUGGGGCAGGGGUCUUGGAAGGUGUAGCCCAGAGUCCCGGGCCCCUGGUGUUUCUGCUUUGGGCAGGGGCCUUGUCUCUGGCUAUACUUGGUGGGGGCAUGAAUAAAGGCCACAGGCUCCAACAC